AAAGCUAUAUCAAUUGGUGUCGGAGGUCGGAUUUCCGAGAAAGUCGGUACUCAUCCCUUAGUAAAAUAUGGAUAGCAAAACUUUAUCCUAACGGAGCCGGAUAUAACGAAGGAUAUUCUCUCUCCUUCGUUUAUCCGUUAAAAAAAAAAAAGAUGAAUAAUUGAGAAAGACGUAACGAAUUAGAUCCACUACAACUCUACAACCGAGCCAGAUACUUCGUCUUCCACAUUUGGGUACCCUUCUUUUUGGAAUUGGGAUUCGAUCUUCAAUCAAAGAAAUGCCGGUGAGAGUAGUGGAGGCUUCCGCACCUUCUCAAGUUUCAGGUGCAAAUUCUGGACAGACAUUGCCGCCAGCAUGCACGCUUUUGAGUGUUGGACAGGCCUUCUCUGGUACUCAGAAUGUAUCUGGUCCACAGAAAGAUGAAGCAUGGAGAGUUAAUGUACGAAUACAAGGAUGUGACCUCAAACAUGGAUAUCUAUGUGGCACCAUGGAAGCUCUUAAUGUUCCUAUGGCAGACACACCAGUAGUAACCUUCUGGGAAGGUGAGAUUGUUGAUACAAAAAAUUAUACUUUCUUCACUGGAAAAUGGGAAGCAACGCCAGAGAAUGAUAUAAGUCACUGGACCAAGUUUCCAUCCUUUUCUCCCCUUGUGAGUCAAGUGAAGGUUGAUGGUGGCAAAGCUUUAGACCUGAGUAACUAUCCCUAUAUAUUUAUGAGAUGGAAAGAGCAGUACUUUGUGAAUGUUGGGACAGACUGUGGGUUAACUAUAGCUGGGUUUUACUAUGUUUGUUUCUCUUGUAGUGAUGGCUCCAUCAGUGGCUUCUAUUAUGAUCCUAAUAGCAGUAACCCCCUCCCCCUCUCCCCAAAAAAGAAGUCACUGAUGAAUAGAAUAUACUUGAAACAACCUGCAGCCCAUUUCAGAAGCUUGAGUUAAAAUCAACCAAUGAGGGAAGAUCAGGUUUCAGUUUUUCAUCAUACGAGUUGCAAUAAAUGGAGGAACAAGCAUUUGAUUUUUAGGUUAUCACUGUAUUGAACUACUCUUGGUCAGGUGAAUUGCUUGAUUUACAUCUUGGAAAAACUAGGGGGAUUAUGCAAGAAGCUCAGUGAAAGUUGUUCUAGCCAUGUGAUGUAUAUCUUGUAAAAAUUGACAAGUGAUAUGCAUCUCUUUGUAUGUGUUAGGUGCUAGUCAAGAACUACGUUGAAGGAAUACUUACUGUCUGUGAAUUCAAGUUAAAACAUGCAAGUCCAGUCCAGCCAAAGUUUUGCUAGCUCUUUAAA